AUGAAGCCUCUCCUGGGACCCUUCUUCUGCUCUCUGCUUCUCACUACAGGUGAGGACUUGCUAGUGAAUUUCCUUCGUACACCUCAGAGAGGAAUUGUCCUGGAAGACUUAGCAGUUUGGGAUAAAUUCAAAGCUGGCAGCCCCCAUUUUCUCACAUGAGGAAAAAAUAAAUUAUAACUCCUUCAAGCAGGGGUAGCUUGUCUUGACAAAGGCAUGUUUUGAACUGGAAGGACUCAAAGGCCAUCUUAGGCAAAGGAGAUCUUCCUGACUUCCUGCUCCAUUCAUAUUUUGAUAAGGAGCAAUUGAAGGCCUGUUCCACAGUGGGUAAAGUAAAAUUCCAAGGGUAUUCUCAUUAUCCACUCAGGUGGGAUUUAUCCCUAUUCCCCAAACAAAUAACACAGACAUUUGAACAUACCGGUAAUUUCUCUUCCAGGUACCUCCUUGCAGUGUGAAGUUUGCGGUGCCAUUGGGAAAACAUGUUCCAGUGAUAAAGUGGAUUGCCCUGCUGGAGAAGAUACCUGUGCCACUUAUUCGUAUGCACCUUCACGUGAGUGAGAAUUAUCAUAACCCAGGCCAGAUGAAUGAAUAAGCUCCAUAGUUUAGCCUGGAAAAGAGGAGAAUGAGAGGAAAUAUGAUUGUUGUUGUUUAGUCAUUUAGUCAUGUCUGACUCUUCCUGACCCCAUGGACCAGAGCACGCCAGGCACUCCGGUCUUCAGGAAAUAUGAUAGCCAUCUUCAACUAUCUUAAGGGCUGUCACAUGGAGGAGGGAGCAUGCUUGUUUUCUCCUGCUCUGGGGGGUAGGACUCAAACCAGUGGCUUCAAGUUACAGGAAAGGAGAUUCCGACUAAACAUUCAGAAAACCUUUCUGACAGUUAGAGCUGUUCAGCAGUGGAGCAGACUCCCACGAGAGGUGGUGGGUUCUCCUUCCUUGGUGGUUUUUAACCAGAGGUUGGAUGGCCAUCUGUCAUGGAUGCUUUAGCUGAGAUUCCUGCAUUGCAGGAGGUUGGACUAGAGCAGGCUUCCUCAAACUCGGCCCUCCAGAUGUUUUUGGCUUACAACUCCCAUGAUCCCUAGCUACCAGGACCAGUGGUCAGGGAUGAUGGGAACUGUAGUCUCAAAACAUCUGGAGGGCUGAGUUUGAGGAAGCCUGGGCUAGAUGACCCUUGGGGUCCCUUCCAACUCUAAGAUUAUAUGAUUCUAUUUGCACAAAUCAUACAAACAUAUGAAGCUCUCUUUAUACGGCACAGCCUGGAACUGUCUGCUCUGACUGAAAGCCCCUUCUUGAGGUCUCAGGCAGCUUUCUUCCCUAGCCCUACAGCCCGAGAGCCUUUAAACAACAAGCCUUCAAAGCAUGUGCUCAGCUGCAAAGUUGAGAUCCUUCUUUGUGAAUAUGUCAUGGAAGGAGAGCAGAGCAUUCAGUCUGAACAUGUGAAGGAAGAUUGUGUGCCCUGCCCAAGUCCUCUGAUGAGUGCUGGUCCGAAACGGGCUGCCAUAUUCAUGGGUAAGGUUUCCAAGACAUGAACAGGCACCUUGAUGGACUAAGUCCCCAAUCGACUAGUCAUGCAGCCAGCUUCAGACUAAUGUCAAUUCUGCUUUUGGCCAAGGAGUGCACCCAGUUUGCAUAGUAUCAUUGAGCCAGAGGAGCUCAAACCACAAAUUCCCAUUUAAUCUUUCAGACAUUCAAAAUGAACACUUGAACAGGGCUCCUGUGGCUCCUGUGUGUGAGAGAGCACUAAUUUGGGUUCCAAAGAUUCAGCAUUUUUUAAGGUUGCACCAUCAUUCUUGUUUGCCUUUUAUCCUAAAAUGCACAUUUUUGUAUGAAUUUUGUCCUGUUUUUGAGCUGGAAACUGUUGCAAAAAACAACAACCCAAAGAUCCAUAGGUUCUGAGUUCCAUAUCAGCCCAGAAAGUGACAAUCAGGAAAGACAAGCUCCAGCAUACCUAAAUAGAAACUGGAUGGGUGAAUUUUCUUGGGAUAUAAUGGCUGUGAACUGUGACAACUUAUCACUCGUCUUUAUUUUUCCUUUUGUUUUGUUUUAUAUCCAGCACCAAACAUCAACAUCACAACAUUCAGGAAAUUAUGCCUUACGGAGGCAGGAUGCAGAAAUGCAACCAAAGACAUAGGGAAGGUUUUUGAAAAUGUGGGACUUCUUAUAAAGGUUGAAUGUAACAAGGCCUCUGAGGCAGCUCCAUUCGUCUUCCUGACACUCUCUGGGCUCCUGUUGAUGAAGAUCCUCCUUUAA